GUCAACUUUGCGACCACACAGUCUCCGUGCGGUACGCGCAAUGCGCAAGCCAUUGCUACUUGAAAGCCCCGUGUCGCAGUACGCGGCACUACGGGAUGAGACGGCGCAGGACGAACCUGAAGGUCGCGUCGCAUUUGCCUCUGCUCCCGCCAACUGCGCAGACCCCGCACAACUGACUAGACUUUACGGCGAUCACGCUGUAUACACUGAUGACGUUGCACACGCCUCGACGUGCCAAUCUCACCCAUGAUGUCGCUCAGACACGGACACGCCGUCGAGUAAACAGGCGUUAUGGUGUGCGACGGACUGCCUGUCCUGCCUACACUGGCGGAGGGCCUGUGCGAGUCCAGUGAGGACAGAGAAUUCUCGGAGCCGCGCACCCGCCAAGUUUGAAAUGCCACCGCAGGACGCGGUCGAAAGUCCUCGUCAUGCGACGCCUCAUGAUCAGUCUGUACGUUUCUGUACCGCGAUCACAG